GUCUCGGUGGCUGGUUGGUAACGGCCGGGAGGGUGGUAGCAGGGUGGAAGCUCGUGGUUAGUUCCCUGUGGCGCAGGCCCUAGAUCUGAACCGCUUUCAGAAGCAGUCGCGUACACAUGUCAUCAUACCGUGAUCACCUAACGUACCCAGAGUUCAGCGCGCGUCCGUAACUUGCACGCACGUCUCAUGCGCUCUAAGGUGACGCGAUAAAUGCAACAAAUCUUUGAUUUAGUGGAGAUGGUCGAGCACGUGGAAGCGCGUCCGAGGCCAAGGUGGGGGAGCCUAGCUACGGAGCAUUCGUUCCUAGACCUUCUUCAGGAAGAGACACCCUCGAGCGCAGUGCUGCAGCCGGCGGCUUUAACCCUGGCCCCAAUAAACGCAAAUAUUUACUCGAGAAGACACUCUUCCCACGCUUGCCCAACAAAUGAGUCCCAGAAGACGUCCUCGUUCCAGGUAGUGCCCAAGGCGACAGCUACUCCAUCAUCCUCGUCGGCUCUUCCACCGCUGCCUCUACGGCCGCCGGCCGUCCCCAAGCGCAAUUUCGUACCCAUGAUUGAACCCAAAGUGAAACCCAAGUCACCUCCGGCUAUACCACAAAGGAAUCGCCGCCUUCCUCCGGUGCCUCCGGCCAGGAAGACUCGCAGCGCCUCGCCCAAAAACAAAUCGACAUCCUUUGAGUUCGAGUACGCCAGGAUUACGAUACCGCCGGCACCUAUGGGUCCGCCGCCACCAGCCCCUAAGGCGUACCACAAACAGAUUUCACCGGCCAACAAAACUAAUAACCCGAAAGUUUCAAUCCGUCAGGAUUCGAGUAUUUCCAGCGAUAGCUUCAGUCAAAACUCAUCGCCCAGUUAUACAACGAAAACUAUGGAAACGCCCCUGCUGCCCCCGAAGACACCGGUUAAACAAAACGGCGUUAUCAAUAAAUUACAACCGCAUGUUGCUGAAGAUGAUUCCAGUGGGAACUCAACAAUAACUAAGAGCGCGUCGACGCCAGCCAGCCUCCAAGCCAUUGUCAGAUUACAGAACGGAUCCAACAUGACAUUACAUCACAGGAUCAUUAAGGACAUAAGACGCCCUUCCAGUCAUUACGUGAGCAGGAUGGGGUUUCGCUUUCGCUUCGCACAAGUCCUGAUUAACGCUCUCUUCCUUUUGGGUAUCGGCAUUGGAAUGGCCAUCUAUUUUCGAGCAUAUCCAUUGGAAGUCCACAUAGUCAAUAAUGCAACUAUGAACACGUCUGGAAUGUCUCAAAUUGUAAUUUACGAGAAGCCUGUUGUUAAUCCGGCGCCUGGAAUCUGUCUACCAGUUAUUGUGAACUUCUGCCAGAAUCACAAGGUUCCUUACAACUUCACCAUCUUUCCGAACUUCAUGGGUCAUUUCGGGCAGCCAGAAGCACAACAAGAGUUAGAAGUGUAUGAUGCAGUCGUCGACGUGAGAUGCUACGAGUUGGCAGCUCUUUUCCUAUGUUCAGUAUUCGUACCAAAAUGUGGUCCCAAUGGUAUCCUCGUUAGACCCUGCAAGAGCCUCUGUCAAGAAACCAAAAGACGAUGCGGAUUUUUCCUGGACGUGUUCGAUUUGGAGUUACCGGAUUACCUGUUGAAAUGCGAGUAUUUCCCUGAAAGCGCCGAUCCCGAUGUGUGUAUAGGGCACAAAGAGGUGAAGGAAGCGAAAAUACGCGCCUCUAAACCUGUAUGCCCUUCCGGAUUCCAGUGUGAUGUGAAACGAUGCAUUCCCAAAGAUUGGCAUUGCGAUGGACACAUAGAUUGUAUGGACCAGUCGGAUGAAUUGAAUUGCCAACAAUGUGGUCCAGGGAUGAUACACUGCGGAGCCGAGCGAUGCAUGUCUCAGGAGCACAUGUGCGACGGUAAAGUCGAUUGUCCUUGGGCACAGGACGAACGUAAUUGCC